AUGACAUGCGGUGCAUGUGUUGCCUCCAUCACAUCCACACUCGAAUCGAUCCCCAGCGUCAAAGAGGCCUCCAUCUCAUUGAUUACAGAAACUGGCACCGUCAAGUACACUCUGCCACUCACAGCCAACCAGAUCAAAGAGGCUAUUGAAGACUGCGGCUUCGACUGCGAUAUCGUCGAGACCAAAGACGAAGACGUGCACGAAUCGACAUUCACGGUCGAGGGCAUGACGUGUGGCGCAUGUGUUUCCGCGCUCACGACACGGCUCGAGGCAACGGAGGGCGUCAUCACUGCAAACGUGUCACUCUUGGCAAGUACUGCAGUAAUACAGCACGGCAGCAGUGUCUUGAUGCAGACCCUCGCCGCGGCCAUCAGUGAUUGCGGCUAUGAGACAAGGUUAGUCGUCUCGGAUAAGCACUCCCGUUCGCACACAGUAUCACCCGAUCUUUUCCACACCGAGAAGGACCUUAGCCUCAAGGUCUUUGGCAUGACGUGUGCCAGCUGCACGUCAUCGGUUGAGUCUGUUGUUGCGGCGCUCGCCGGGAUCAAAUCCAUUGCCGUUUCGCUUGCCACAGAGGAGGCAGCCAUUGUCUACGACGAGGCCGUUAUCGGAGCGAGAAACAUUGUGGAUGCUAUCGCUGACGCAGGCUUCAAGGCGACUCUUUCCUCCUCGCUUGACAAUUCGGCGCAGGUGUCACUUCUCCUGAAGAUUAAGGAUAUCCAGUUCUGGAAGGCCAUGUGCUGGAAGCUCGGCCUCAUGGGACUCCCGGUAUUUUUCCUCGACAACGUGAUGCACAUACUUGGUCUCAACCUCAAUUUGCAGCUUGUCCCCGGGCUUUACCUCGAGACGGUAGUGGAGUUCGUGCUCACGACAAUUAUCCAGUUUGUGCUUGGCCGCAAAUACUACAUGAGCGCCUACAAGGGUUUAAAGCACGGCCUGGCGACAAUGGACCUCCUUGUGGUGAUAUCUACAACGAUUUCCUAUGCGUUUUCGCUCUUUUCCACAGCGGUGAGCUGGGCCAAACAAAGCCAAACUCCACCAAUGGUGCUCUUCUCCACGUCCGCCAUGCUCUUUUUUUUCAUUUCCAUUGGUAAACUCUUGGAGACCAUGGCCAAGGGCGAAACGUCCACGGUGCUAUCCCAGCUUCUUUCUUUGCAGCCAGGCACGUGCACGAUUGUGGAGGAUGCUGUCGGAUACAAUUCGCAGCUUCUCACGCUAGGAGAGAAUGCGGUCCAGAGCCCAAGGCAAAGCCUCCUGGGCAAUUCCCUUAUUGAUGACGUCAAACUAGGAAACGGCGAGGCCUCAGGAAAUUUCCUGGGUGAUUCCUCGGGUGAGGCUGCCUCCGAGAUCAUCUCCGCUCCUAGUGGGCCGGAGCAGCCCGACAGGAUGGAAUUCUCAAAUUUUCGCACCCGCGAAAUCCCCAUCGGCCUCAUCCAGCUCUCUGACAUCGCCAUCGUCCUCCCCGGUUCCAAAAUUCCUGCGGACGGUGUAGUCGUAUUUGGCGAAUCCGAGGUCGAUGAGUCACUCCUCACCGGUGAGUCCCUCCCAGUGGUCAAGAAGUACGGUGCACAGCUCAUUGCAGGCGCGGUCAAUGGUCCGCACCUCCUCCACAUGCGCGUGACGGCCAGCGGUAACAAAACCCAGCUUAACCAAAUCGUGGAGUUGGUCAAGAAUGCGCAGACGACCAAGGCGCCAGUGCAGAAGUACGCGGACUACAUUGCCGGGCGAUUUGUACCGAUGGUUCUCUGUUUGGCGGUUCUUACACUCGCGUACUGGACGUGGUAUGCGUAUACGCAUGACGUUGUAGCGCCCGAGACGAUGGCAUAUAUGUUUGGAGUGAACGCGCCCAACGGCCGCUUCUUCUCGUGCUUGCGCUUGGCAAUUUCCGUCGUAGUGGUUGCGUGUCCGUGCGCGCUCGGGCUUGCGGCUCCCACCGCAGUGAUGGUGGGCACGGGCGUGGGUGCGGCGCAUGGGAUCCUCAUCAAGGGCGGUAGCGUGCUCGAGAAGGUUCAGGGUAUCAACACAGUGAUCUUUGACAAGACCGGGACACUCACCACGGGCAAAUUCCAAGUGGGCAACUACCGCUUCGCUGCCAGCCUCGAGAAGCUUGCUGAGACCGAUUGGUGGUACAUGUACGGUGCGUUGGAGAGCUCCAGUGAACAUCCGGUUGGUCGCGCACUUAUGACGGCGGCAAAAGAGCAUCUCCAGAUGGGCGAUGACGAUGUGUUUGACAAGUGCACGAUGAAAAAUGUCGAGACAGUAUUGGGCAUAGGGAUCAAGGCCAGCGUUAUGUUGCAUGACCAGGCGUACGACGUGCAGAUCGGCAGUUCGCGCCUUCUUGACUCUGUUCGCCCCAAGCUUUCGUCCGAUGCGCUCAGGGAGAUUGUCGCGCACGAAACUGCCACACGUGCGUACAUGAUCGUGAAUCGCCACUAUGCGGGCUAUGUCGAGCUCAUAGACAGUGUCAAGGAGGAUUCCGCGGACGUCAUUCGAUACCUCAAGGCGUCCGGAUUCCGCGUGGCUAUGAUCACCGGUGACAAUCGCAAGAGCGCGCUCCGCAUUGCCCAUCUUGUUGGGAUCCCCGCACCAAACGUUUUCGCCGAGGUUUCGCCGCAAGGCAAGGCACUGUUUAUCAGCGACCUCCAGGCAACCGUUGGUGCAAAUGUCGCGUUCGUAGGCGACGGCAUCAACGACGCGCCUGCGUUGGUCACCGCGGAUAUUGGGAUCUCUAUUUCUUCCGGGACUGACAUCGCUGUCGAUGCCGCGGACGUGGUUUUGAUCACCCAUGGUGACGUACUUCUGGGCAUCCCUGCGGCGUUGUCUAUAGCACGUGCGACGUUUAAUCGAAUUCGCUUGAACUUCCUCUGGGCUGUCGUUUACAACUGUGUGAUGUUGCCCGUCGCGAUGGGGUUCUUUUUGAAAUGGGGUGUCACGUUGCCACCUAUGGGUGCGGCCGCGGCGAUGGCUCUCUCCUCUGUGAGCGUUGUGAUUUCUUCGUUGCUCUUAAAGAAGUGGCAACCCCCGGUGAUUGAGGAGGGAACUGCGAAGGAGAUGGAGGAGUUUAAGGACUUGGAGGACCCGAUCUCGGGGCUCAGGGUGCAGGCAGGAUUGUGGAGUCGGUUGCGGGGGGCCUUUGAGAAGAGAGCAAAAGAGAAUAGCUAUGAGCUUUUGACGAGGGGCUAA